UGCAAGGAUACGCCAAGGAAUCUGACAGAAAUCAAUAAUCAUUUGAGUUUCCAGCUUGGCUGCUUAACGUGUUGUGUUCUUGUUUGUUGAAAAAAAAGGUGUUGCCAAGUCUUGCAUGUGCAUUUAGUGUUUAUAUGAUGCAAUGAAUCCUGUACCGAGUCGCGAAUUUUUGGAAGUGCAUCCGCUUCAUCAGCAUCAACCGCAUUGCAAGCAACAAUGUUUUGUCUUCACGGAAAUAUCUGAUAUUGAGCUGCCCGCGGAAAUAACCAAGUUUGGUGGUGGCACCGAAAAGAUUAGAUGCAGCAAUGGCGGCAUUCCCUCUUACACCUCCAAAAAGGAUUCCAGCAGCGAGCUAUCCGGAGAGCGCCCAGAGAGAUCGCGCGGCCGCAAGAUUCUGCUGGGCGUGGGUCUGGUACUCUUAUGCAUCGGCAUGGCAGGUGGCAUUCCAUUGGCCCUACAGCUGCGCUCCUCUUCGCUGCUGGAGGCCCGCCUCUCAUUCAUUCGACGCCUGCUGACAGAAUCGCCGCUCAUUGAGGGGUCCUGGAAACCACCAACUACCUCGAAUCUGAACAGCAGCAACUUGUUUGAGGUGCGCCAAAAUCACAUAGGGGCGGUGCUGUGGCCCAUUGCUGUGCCCUGUGGUGCGCAGUACCUGGACGCGGUUCAGCUAGCUCUGGAGGGCAUCGAUAAGGCAAAACGCAUUACUGCCGCCAGCGAUCUAAUGCAUAUUGUGGAGUCGGCCGAUGAAAUGGAGCAAACUCAUAUCAGGGGCGAGGUGGCUGUGCUGAUGGGCAUCAGUGGGGGCCAUGCUCUGGGCACCAGUCUCGCAGUUUUGCGCUCUAUUUACUUGCUGGGCGCUCGGUUUGUGGCAAUAACCAGCUUGGAGUGCACCACACCAUGGGCUGCAGCUGCCAUACGCAGGCGAGAUCAUCUCAUAGAGGAGAAUGUUACGAAUUCAUUCAACGAUUUUGGAGAGAAAAUGCUACUUGAAAUGAAUCGCUUGGGCAUGUUGGUGGAGAUAUCUCAACUUAGCGAGGCAGCGAUGCUUGCCGUAUUGCAAACAGCAAAGGCACCGGUUCUUUUAACCAACGCUACACCGCUUUCUAUCUGCAACAGCACAAGUAUUGCUUCCAUACCGGACCACGUGCUCAGCCUCUUGCCAGAAAAUGGUGGAGUCGUUUUGCUCAACUUGGAACGCUGUGGAGAUCGAACAUUAAGCGUUCGAGAGGCAAUUAAUGCCAUUAACUAUGUGCGAAAGGUGUCCGGUGUGGAUCAUAUCGGACUGGGCGGAGCACCGAAGAGCUAUGCACUUCUGCUGGCCGAGUUGGCGCGGGAUAGAGUGUGGGGUAAUGCUGCGAUAAAAAAGUUGGUUGGUGGUAAUGUCAUGAGAAUUUUGCGCGAAAUCGAGACCUUGAAGAGUCGUCUACCAUUGUAUGAGGAGUGGAUUCCGCAUGAGUCGGUUGAAAGCAAUUCGUAUUGUCGCUAUCCAGAGUCUUAAAGAGCCAAAAAGAAGUUAUGAUUUGUUCACAUAUAUUAACCAAAAUGUAUUUAAUUGAUUGAUCGAAGCACCACACCAGAAAUUUUAUAAAUUUCGUAAAUAAUUCAGCCAAAGGCAGAGCAGAGAAAUUUUCCUGAUUUUACAAGGGUUUCGCUUCUUACAAUGGUUACAAAAGUAUUAUAACAUUAAAAAUGAUUUUAUUUGUUUGUUAAAUAAUCUCAAACACCACCAACAAUUUCCCAUGCAACCAGAAUUGGGUAAACCUCAAAAGAUUGCACCCUGUUCAUGUACCUUCUGUGCACAACAGAUAUUCAAAUAAACUUCCAACACAAUUCGCAA